AAGGAAAUCCCAAUUUGAUAUUACUGUCAAAAUUGUAUUUCUUUUUUAUCCAAUCAUAUACUCUUUUUCUCCAUCUCCCUUCUCUGUUCUUCGCCUCUAGGACGAUAAUUCGAUUUCGAGUCAAGAACUCCACCAAAUCUUCUUCCUUCUUCAAAAUUGUUUCUAAAUCCCGUGAUUCCGGGUCAUUUCUUUGCAAUUCCCCGUAUUGAUUUUGUUUCUGUCUUCCUGAAAAUCCCCUAUUUGUCGACGACGUCGUCGUGAUGAUUCUUUUUCCUUUUGAAAUCUUAAACCCUAAUUAUUGAUCGAGUUUUGAUUUCUUUUAGCGACGGUUCUUGAGUUAAUUUUGCGGUCCGGAGCGUUGAAAUUUUGUUGUGUACGAUUCUUUAGUUAAUGGGCACGAUUAAAUCUUGCAGGGACCCCUCUAAAUCCUAUUCGAAUCUUAGGUCGCCGCCGCCGCCACCUGUGACUUCUUCUACUUCUCGCUUCGAGACCAUUAAUGGAUCGCAUGAGUUUAAGAUCAAUGGGUAUUCCCUCAAUAAGGGGAUGGGGUUUGGGAAAUACAUCGCGUCCGAUACCUUUAUGGUUGCGGGGUAUACGUUUGCUAUAUAUUUCUACCCAGACGGGAAGUGCCUCGAGGAUAACGCGUCGUAUGUCUCGGUUUUUAUAGCGUUGGCUAGCGAAGGGACUGAGGUUAGAGCCCUUUUUGAAUUGAGGUUGUUGGAUCAAACUGGGAAGGGGAACCACAAGGUGCACAGCCAUUUUUUGAGAAGGCUCGAGAGUGGACCUUAUACGCUUAAGUAUCGAGGAAGCAUGUGGGGUUAUAAACGUUAUUAUAAAAGAACUUCUUUAGAAGCAUCUGACUUCCUCAAGGAUGACUGCCUCGAAAUCCACUGUGUAGUUGGUGUUGUUAAGUCCCAGACAGAGGGACCAAAGAUUUACUCCAUAACAACACCACCCUCCAAUAUAGGCCAGCAUUUUGGCAAGAUUUUGGAGAGUGGGAAGCUAACCGACGUGAACUUUGAUGUAGAUGGGGAAACAUUUUCUGCUCACAAGUUAGUUCUCGCAGCACGGUCACCUGUCUUUAGGGCACAGCUCUAUGGCCCUCUGAAGGACCGUAAUACCGAGUGCAUAAAAGUUGAAGAUAUGGAAGCCCCAGUUUUUAAGGCAUUGCUUCAUUUCAUAUAUUGGGAUGACCUACCAGACAUGGAAGAAAUUGUAGGCUUAAACUCAAAAUGGGCUUCCACGCUGAUGUCUCAGCAUCUACUCGCUGCAGCAGACAGAUAUGCAUUAGAGAGACUCAAAUUGCUUUGUGAGGCUAAACUUUGUGAGGAUGUUGCCAUUAAUACGGUUGCAACGACAUUAGCGCUGGCCGAGCAGCAUCAUUGUUUCCAACUAAAAGCUGUAUGUCUGAGAGUCAUUGCACUGCCGGAGAAUUUGAGAGCUGUAAUGCAAACGGAUGGGUUUGAAUAUCUGAAAGAGAGCUGCCCAUCAGUUCUCACCGAACUACUACAAUACGUAGCGAGGGUGACGGAGCAUGCAGUGAUUACUUGCAGCGGGUACGGAAAUGCAAUGGUGUUGGAUGGUAGUUACGUGAAUGGAAGACGAGUAAGGCAAAGGUUAUAUUGAUCCAAUCGUCGUCAAUACUGUUUACUAACGCCAUUCCAACCAUUUGUCGUCGUGCAUUAAGAUAGAUAGAGAGAAAGCCAUGUGCACAGAGGUUGGAUUUAAAACAUGGUCAGUCUGUAAUGCUCUAGUGUUUACUAAUUCACAUUCUAAAUGCUCAGUUUUAGCAUUUCUCUUGGUUUCCUUAUUGUAAAAUACUGGAUUAUGUAUCUUUUGUCUGUAAUCGAUGAAACGAUUUCGUGUAGUUACAUAUACCCAAGAGUUCAAUAUAUCACAGGACCUGUAGAAAUUGUUGGCUCAAGCCCAA